AUGAACAGCAGGUUUCAAGAAAAAGAUAAUGUCAACUAUGACGUAAAAGGGAUCGAACCUGCCAUCACUGAGACGGAAAGUAUUAGUCAAGAACCAUUUUCUACGUUUUCGAGUGAUAAUAACGAACUUACAAGUGAAGGCGGGUUGAACAAUACGUGGACGAGGUUCAAGAAUUCGUUCAAAAGAUUUGAACUCGAAGAGCUAGAUCCGAAUCUAACAGAUGCGGAGAAGAUUGCUAUCGCUACUGCUCGGUCACCAUUGAAACAUACAUUGAAAAAAAGACAUUUACAUAUGAUUGCAGUUGGUGGUGCUAUUGGUACUGGUCUUUUCGUAGGUAGUGGUAAGGCCCUGAGGACGGCAGGCCCUGCUGGUAUCUUGAUUGGUUGGACGGUUACAGGAAGUAUGAUAUAUUGUAUGGUUAUGGCAGUUGGUGAAUUAGCUGUCAUUUUUCCCGUUUCUGGUGGUUUCACCACCUACGCAACUAGAUUUAUUGAUGAGUCCUUCGGUUUUGCCGUUAAUUUCAACUAUAUGUUACAAUGGCUAGUCACCUUACCUCUGGAAAUUGUCGCGGCCUCCAUAACUGUUAAUUAUUGGGGUGUGGAUCCCAAAUACCGUGACGGUUUCGUGGCUUUGUUUUGGGUGGUCAUUGUUUCGAUAAACCUAUUUGGUGUGAAAGGUUAUGGGGAGGCUGAAUUUAUCUUUGCUGUUAUUAAAGUUAUUACCAUUAUUGGAUUCAUUAUAAUGGCAGUCGUCCUGAUUUGCGGUGGUGGUCCUCAAGGCGGGUUUAUUGGUGCUAAAUAUUGGCACAACCCUGGAGCCUUUGUAGGUGCUACGCCGGGGCUGAAAUUCAAAGGAUUUUGUACCGUUUUUAUCACAGCUUCAUUUUCCUUUGGAGGAAGUGAAGUUGUCGGUAUAGCGGGCUCUGAGGCUGAAAACCCAAGAAAAUCGGUUCCAGGCGCCGCUAAACAAGUUUUCUGGAGAAUUAUUCUGUUUUACGUCAUUUGCUUGUUAUUAAUUGGUAUGUUAGUCCCUUACAAUGAUCCCCGUCUAAUUGGCGCCUCAUCAGUGGAUGCGGCAGCUUCUCCUUUUGUCAUUGCAGUCAUUAAUCAAGGUAUUAGAGGUUUACCGAGCGUCAUUAACGUUGUCAUACUGAUUUCCGUUCUAUCUGUUGGUAAUUCUUCCAUUUAUCUUUGUUCUAGAACUUUAACUGCAUUAGCUGAACAGGGGUUUCUACCUAAGAUCGUUGGAUAUAUUGACCGCGGAGGCAGGCCUCUGGUCGCUAUUGGCAUCGCCUCUGCCUUCGGCUUGAUCGCUCUUAUCGCACAGUCCUCUCACGAAGGUGAAAUAUUCAACUGGCUAAUGGCACUAUCCGGUUUAUCGUCCCUGUUUUCAUGGUCUGCUAUAUGCCUUUGUCACAUUCGUUUCAGGAAAGCUUUAACUGCUCAAGGAAGAACUACCGACGAAUUGCCAUUUGUAUCUACAGUUGGAGUUUGGGGUUCUUAUUGGGGAAUAUUCAUUUGUAUUCUGAUGUUUAUUGCACAAUUCUACGUUGGUCUAUUUCCGACAGGAACUGCACCAAACGCAAAAGAUUUCUUCAUGGCUUAUCUUUCAUUUCCAAUUGUUAUAGCAUUUUACGUCGCUCACAAACUAUGGAAGAGGAACUGGAAACUUUACAUUAAAGCUGAAGAUAUGGAUAUUGAUACUGGUAGGCGAGAAGUCGACAGAGACUUACUGAAGCAAGAAGUGGCCGCCGAAAGAACUCAUUUAGCAGCGAGAUCAAUAUGGUAUCGAACCUGGAAAUUCUGGUGCUAA